UUCAUUUCAUUCCUUCGGCGUUAUAGUUUUUUAGCACGUUUUGUGACAUAAUUUCGCAAUAAAUGUUCACAAAUCAAGAUUAAAUUUGAUGGCUAAUUGAUAAAGACGCAAGAAGUUUAUCGUACAUUACAUCUCAAUAGCGAAAAAGAGGAAUGGCGGCUGGGGGUGAAAUACCAGUUUACGACGUUCUCAACGAUGCUAUGGAAUAUUUGUGCAAAUUGGGAUCCAAUUUACGUGUUCGCUCGGAAAACCUGAAGAAUAAAAAAAUACGAAGAGAUAAGUUAAGAAAUUCCCAUGCAGUACAAAAGGCAGCCCGAAAAGUCCUAUUGAUUUGCGAACUCUCCAAGAAAUCGCUUGUCAAUGUCGAAACUGGUGUACAAAAAGUACUGACUAUAAUAGAGCAAGCCCAGUCAAGUGGCGGGAAACAGUUGUCGCUUAAAGAAAGUGGCAAUCUCCAUAGCGAACAUAAAGAAAAAUAUGAAUACAUUGAGUAUGAAUCAAGAAAACUUAGGAUAGCAAAAAAAGUUCCUUUAAAACAUUUCAUAUCUGUGAAAGUUUUAGCUCGUAGCAUGCCAUCGGACCUAGUAAAAAAAUAUCCUGUUUAUUAUGACUGUAAGUUGUACAGAUUGCGUAAGAAGAACAAUUUACUUCACAAGAAAUCUAUAUCCAAAGAAAGUGUUAAUGAAAAUGAAUGUGAUCAAAAACAUAUAUCGCAGAGUUCAUUUUUUAAAGAUGAUAAAGAAAUAAGUGUUGGCCCGAAUCUUUCUGAAAAUGCAGAUCUCAAAACCAAACCAAGUGAUGAAGUAUGUGAGCAAAGUGAAAAGCAUGGAGAAAGUUGCAGUGAAAAAAUUGUAAUAACCAAAAUAAACAAAGCAAAGAGAAGUAAGAAAAAAGUAUGUUUCUCAACUGAUAAUGAUUCAAGUCAAGAAUCUGAUAGUAAAAAUAAAAACAAUGCUUCAUCUGAAAGUAAUGAUUGUAAUUCAUCUAGUCAUGCGGAUAGUGAAAACAAGAAAAAUUUACCAUCAGUUGAUUUAUCCAGUGAUUCAGAGAAUAAAUCAACUGAGAAUAAUACUUUAGACCAAAAGUCAUUGGAAAUCAAAAGGGAAGAAAAAUCUGUAUGUCAUCCACCAUUUACUUCUCCCAAAAAGAUAAAAAGGAAGAGAAGCAUAACUGAGACUGAUAGCAACUCUUACAAUGAAUCUGAAUUGAAAUCUACAAAAAGUGGAAAUGAUAACAUUGAAAUAUUAGAUGAUACAAUUGGUGACGGAGAAGCUGUGAAAGAAGACAAGCACAAGUCUAAGAAAAGAAAGAAAAUCCGAGUACUUAGUGAACAUAGCUCUGAUGAGUCUUCUAAUUUAAGGACUAAAACUAACACCAACAAUAUAAUUUUGGAUGAUACUAUUGAAGAAAAUAAUAAAGGGGAGAAAAGUAAUCAUAAAAAAAGUAAACCAAAUGAAUUACUCUCCGAUACAAGUGACAAGGAGGAUCAUAAGAGUGAAGAGAGAAGUGAAGAAAAUAGGGAUAGUAGUAAAGCUAGUGAAACCCCAGAUACUACUACUAAGCCUUUAAUUAAAUGUGUUAGUCUAAGCAAAUUACUCAAGCCACAAGUUUUAGAAAAAGUAGUUAAGAAAACCCUGAAGAAUCAAAAUGAUGAAACAUCACCCAAACAGUCUGACAAAAACAAUUACAGUAGUAUGAAAACCUUCAAUAAAAAAUUUAAAAACGACGAAGGAGAUGAAGAAUAUUGGAAAGUAAAAAGAAAAGAAGUUAAAGCUUUCAAAGCUAAAAAGUUUGCAAUCAACGUUAACAAGUUACCAAAACUAACAGAAAAAUUUCUUGACAAUCAUAAUUUAAACAAAAUCACUCAGUGUGGUUUAGUGAUUUGUGAAAAAAUUGUCAAACCUACAGAAAAUUUGGAAAAUGAUGUUAAUGAUUCUUUAGAUAAGAGGAAAACAAGUGAAUCUAGUAUUAGUAAAGUAAAGAAUGCAUUGUUAAAUGACUCUGAUUCAGAUGAUAUAGCACCAAAGAAAUCACAUAAUGCAAACCAUUGUUUGUUGAAAACAGCAUUACUUCAAGAUUCAGACUCUGAUAAAAAUGAAAAUACAUCAGAAAAAGCAAAUGAUGAUAACCAUAUGCCAAACACUCAAGGCAGCCCUACUGCAAAUAUCACAGAGGUUGCUCAAAGAACAAAGAAUGCAUUAUUAUCCAGUUCAGAAUCUGAAAGUGCUGCAUGUGAUAUAAUGCAAAAGAUAAACGAAAAAUCACCCUCCAAUUCCAGACCCGAAUCUCCAGUUAAUAAUGAUAAUUCAAAUCAACACAAUAAUUCUGAGAGACAAAAUGAUGAUUCUAAAAAUGAAAAUACUAUGGAACCGAUACAACCUACGAAAAAUACUGAUGAAGUAAAAUUUGCUUUGCUGAAUUCCUCAGACAACAAUAGCCCUAAAACUCCAGCAGAUAAAAAAAGAAGAGAUCAGCAGGUUACACCUAGAUCUAAAAGAAAGCAUAUAAUGGAAAGUAUGCAUGCCAAGAAGAUGUUACUUACUUAUUCCUCUAGUUCUGACACAGAGGAUGAACAGUUACGUGGUGUUUUGAAGGAGAUAAAAGAUUCUUUGCUGAAAGGGAUUCCUUCAGAUGAAGAAGAAGGACCAAAAAAGAAAACUAAAAGCCAUCAAAGAAAGUUAGUAUUGACUUCAGAUUCUAAUGAAGAUGAUGAUAAUAAGGCAAAAGACACAUCAUUGACUAGAGACUCAAAUGAUGGUGAUCAAAAAAAGAAUAAUGACACAUCUUCUCAAACUGAAUCUGCUACCAGAAAGAGCUGUGAAGGGGACAAGUCCGGGAGUGAAUCAUCUAAAACUCAAAAGCAAACUACCAGUGACUCUGACAAAAAAUCUGAUUCCAGUAGAAGAAAGAUUGGCCGUUCAAAGACGAAUAGCGCAAGCAGUGGUAGCAGUCGAAAUUCCGACUCCUCGGACACUGACAAAGAUAUUAAUGGGCUAACGAACCUUCGUACCCUGAACAAAAUCCGCCGACGGCGUAGGGGAUCCACGUCCACCGCUUCCAAAUCGUCCAGGUCCCACAGGAAUAAGAAGAAGAUGCCGAAAACCCCCCUCAUCAAUGCAGAUGAUAUGCUCAAAGCGGAGUCCAGCUCGGAAGGCGGCUCCGCGGCAGAGAGUGACGGUGGUGAUGGUGGAGAAGAUUUGCCACCAGUAUCUAUGACACCAUUAAACGGAGGCAUCGGUGACUUGUCCAAGGAGGAUUUGCUGGGAGAAAGUGACUCUACCAGUUCGAAAAACGACUCUGAUGGAGCUACAAAAGCAGAGUCCGAUGAAAAUGUCAAAUCAAAGCGUCGCAAAGCGCACGCGAUAUCAUCCGAUUCGGAAGCUGGGUCUUCGCGGCGGAAGGACGCGGCCGUCAAACUGAGCGACUUCGAGGACUCUGAAGACGAAAGCUCCGAGCCCGCUAAGAAGAAUAAGAGAAAGAAGGUCGUUGACAGCGACGCGUCAGCUGGAUCCUCUGAUGGCGGUAAAAAGAAACGUCGCCGCAUCAAGCCGGUGGACAGCGAGGGGUCAGGGUCGGACACAGAAAACGAAGGGCGCAACAAACAUGGCAGAAAGAAUAUUCGUAAGGUCAUGGGCAAGAACCAAUUAGAAGAGGCUACUAAGAAGGCGGCCAGACAAGAAAAGGAGAGGAUCGCGCGUAUUGCAGAGAGGCAGAAAUUGUAUAACAAUUUGGAGUUUGACGAGUCUGGUAAGCCGGACGAGGUUGUGCUGGAGAAGGUCGUGCUAGAUUUCGACCCCGAAACUAAGGAACCGCUGAUACAAGUCGACAGAGGACUUGUCAAGAAGUUGAAACCGCAUCAGGCGAAUGGCAUAAAAUUCAUGUGGGAUGCUUGCUUUGAGAGCGUGAAACGCAUAAAGAAAGAUAAAGGCUCAGGUUGCAUUCUGGCGCAUUGUAUGGGACUGGGUAAAACACUGCAAGUGGUGUCUCUUACCCAUACAUUGCUGACGCAUAGUUCUCUAACCGGUGUGAAUCGGGUGUUAGUUGUCUGCCCGCUGUCUACGGUACUGAAUUGGGUGAACGAGUUCAAGAUGUGGCUCAAACAUGCUGAGACGGAGUAUGAAGUGGAUGUCUAUGAGCUUUCCAGGUUCAAGCAGAACUCUGAACGAGCAUUCCAACUACAGCAAUGGUUCUCUCACGGCGGAGUUUGCGUGCUGGGCUACGAGAUGUUCCGCAAUCUGUCCGCGGACAACGUCAAGAAGUUCAAGAAGAAGAUGCUGCGCCACUUCCAGGAGAGCCUCGUGGAUCCAGGUCCCGAUUUAGUAGUGUGCGAUGAAGGACAUUUACUGAAGAACGAGAAGACGAGUCUGUCGCAAUCCAUGAAUCGCGUCAAAACACUCCGACGGAUAGUUCUCACCGGUACUCCGUUGCAGAAUAACCUUAAAGAAUACUACUGCAUGGUUCAGUUCGUAAAACCGAACUUGCUCGGGAAAUACAAUGAGUAUCUGAAUCGUUUCGUGAACCCAAUUACGAACGGACAGUAUACGGACUCUACAGAACAUGACAUCAAAGUGAUGAAACGAAGAUCACAUGUGCUGCAUAAAAUGUUGGAUGGAGCUGUUCAGAGGAGAGACUAUGGUGUGUUGGCACCAUUCCUUCCUCCAAAGCACGAGUAUGUGCUGUUCAUCACGCUAACCGAAGUACAGAUUAAGCUGUAUCAGUAUUACUUGGACAAUUAUUCUAGAAGACCUCUCCCCGGUAAAUCGUCAGGUUUCCUGUUCCCGGAUUUCCAAUCUUUGCAGAGGAUAUGGACACAUCCGCUCGUGUUAAAAUACAACUCCGAAAGAUAUGAAAUUAUGCAGCAGAAAAAAAGGGACAAAGAAGAAGAGGAUUCUGAAGGAUCUUUAGCGGACUUCAUCGAUGAUGACUCAACGCCUGAUGAAUCGACAACGGAGGAAUCUUCCGAUGAUUCGUCGGACAUGAGCGACGACAGCCGGAAGAAGAGUAAAAAGAAGAAGUCUCCCAAGAAGGGCCGCGCCAAGGAGGCCACCGGCAGGCCCAGGCGCGGCACCAGAGCUAACCCAGUGGAGCUGGAGGAGGAAGAAAAGGCGAACGACGUCAUCGAAGUGAAGAAUGAGAACCCCACGGAAUGGUGGAUCAAGCUGGUCACCGAGGAUGAGCUGGAGGACAUGAGGAACUCCUCCAAACUCAUACUGCUGUUCGAUAUACUGAGGCAGUGCGAGGCUAUUGGUGAUAAGCUAUUGGUGUUCUCACAAUCCUUAUAUUCGUUAGAUCUUAUAGAACAUUUCCUUGGCAAAGUGGACGAGGCAACGCAGGAAGGACGCAUCGACGAGAAGUUAGGCGGCCAUGUUGGCUCGUGGUCCCCGGGUAUCGACUACUUCAGACUGGACGGUUCCACGUCAUGCGAAAACAGAUCAAUAUGGUGCAAGAACUUCAACAGAGAAGACAACCCUAGAGCUAGAUUAUUCUUAAUAUCGACGCGAGCCGGCGGCCUCGGCAUAAACUUGGUGGCAGCGAAUCGUGUGGUGAUAUUCGACGUUUCAUGGAACCCCUCUCACGAUGUGCAGAGCAUAUUCAGAGUCUACCGGUUUGGCCAGAAGAAACCAUGUUAUAUAUACAGAUUUUUGGCUAUGGGAACAAUGGAAGAGAAGAUCUACGAACGUCAAGUGACCAAGCAGGCGAUAUCUAAACGCGUCAUCGACGAGCAACAAAUCGACAGACACUACGCGGAGAACGAUCUCGCCGAGUUAUAUAAGUUCGAGGCGCAUCCGCCCACCCCCCGGCCGAUCCCACCGCUGCCUAAAGACAGAUUGUUUGCGGAGAUGCUGAGGGAACAUGAGGCUCAGAUCUACAAGUACCACGAGCACGACUCGCUGCUGGAGAACAAGGAGGAGGAGACGCUGUCGGAGGAGGAGCGCAAGGCGGCGUGGGAGGACUUCGAGAACGAGAAGAACCGCCCGCCGCCCGCGCCCGCGCCGCUCGCCUGGCCCGGCGUGGUUCCCGGAAUCUUCCAACAACAACAGUUGGCGUACGCGGCGCUGGCGUCGAUGCUGCGCAAGGACAUGCCCAACAUCAAUGAUCAACAGAUACGCGAUAUGUUGCCUCUUAUAUACAACGCUAAUCCAGGGCUUAUGCAAAAAAUGGGAGAGAUCUACAAAUAUGCACAACCAGGCAUGAUGAAUCCCGGAAUGAUGAACCCUCUUAUGGCUGGAGCCGGCGCGGGCGCAGGCGCGGGCGGCGGCAUGGGCGGCACCAGCGGGCUGCAGUACGAGCCGCCGUGGCAGCGCCAGCAGCAGCAGCAGCAGCAGAUGCGGCUGCAGCAGAUCCUGCAGCACCAGAACCAAAUGGGCGCUAAAUACUACGCGGGCGGCCUGGGCAGCCGCGACCCCGUGGCCAUGGCGCUCCAGCAGCAGCGCGCGCGCGAGAUCAUGGUGGGCAAGCGCGGGCGCCCGCGCGGCCGCCCGCCGCUCGCCGCGCAGCCCCGCCCGCUGCCGCCCGCCGAUGUCGUCAACCUGGACUCCGACUAGGUACAGUGUGUAGUGAACAGAAGUGUACAGUGAACGAUUGAAGGUGCUCCGUGCCGGACCCUGGCCAAACGUGGACUGAUGUAACCGGUAGACCCUAGCUGGCGUGGGCUUCGCUCGAACGCAUCCCGCACACAUAUCAUGAAUCUCACUUGUUUACUUUGUAGUGGUAAAUAUUGGUCUAUCAUCAAGUAAAUCGUUGAAAGACUUCUGAAUCUAAAAAUGGACAUUUUAGAAUUUAUUUCUGUGAUUUCACAAACCUUUACUAAAAUUCCAAAUUUGAAUAACGUCUAAUAUAAAAGGAGUGACGAAUUACCUGCCUUUUCAUAUUAUAUUUGAUUGCAAAUUCCAGUGCGUUAAAGCCGCCUUUUAUAUCAGCCUGUCGGUAUGUUGGUCUGUAAAAUACGCAAUAAUAAAAUACUUUACAUAGUAAAGAACCUUGGGUGAUUUAUUUUAAUUUCUUUUGAUUUGACAACCCUAAACCUUUUUAUAUCUGUAUUUACGCUUUGGUAAAAUGUCUUUAUAUUAAGGGUUGUCAAAUUGUGAUUGCCAAUAUUUAACACUAAGGUCGAUAGAUUAUUUUCGAUUUGAGAAUUUCGCGAUCACAUAUCAAAGAAUCUCUCUCUCUCUUAAGUUUUAUAUCUUUCUUUGAUAGUGCGAGCGAAAGCCCAGGGCAUAGACUUAAUAAUAGUUGCACAAGCCGUCGCGUUCAAAACCAGAUGUAGCCUUUACAUAUUUCCUGCAAAUUUAGCUCUCUUAUUUUUUUAUAAUGCAAUCUUCUGACUCUUUCUAUAACUUCGGUUAACCUCAAAGAUGAAAGGAGAGGGAAGAUAAGAAAUAUGCCUUGCCCAUGUUCGUGAAUGAGCAACAAUUAUGCAGCUCUUGAGCGUUGAGUGACGGAUGACAUGGCGAUAAUUUUAUUGGAUAGUUCAGAAUUAAUGAUAUUAUGCGUGUUAAUUACCACUUUUCUUAAUUACCACUACUAUGCUCAUGUCUCUUAUGCGAGUAUACAUUAUACCUCUUGAUAAAAAUUUUGACGUCCUAAAUGAUUUAGUCACAAAUUUAGACAAGUGAAAUAAUAAGCUAUUUGAUUUGGUUGAAUAAUAUUUACUGGAUAAUGUAAUAAAGCGGAACUAGCUCAUCAGUUCAGAUAGUUUGUACUCUAAAUAGCACCUUUUUCUGUCUUCCGAUGACUAGAAACAGAUCCGAGUUAGAGUGACGGAAGCUUCAUUCGCUUUUCCAAUUUAUCAAUGAUAAAUAUUGAAAUCUAUUCCACUAUUGAAUAUUUUUCGAUAAUAUAUUUUUGAGCCUGAUAUUUUUUUUUUUGUUAUUUGCAAGGAAUAUGUGGAAGCUAAUUGGUUUUGUGCUCAAACACACAUGUUACGCGUGAUUAUAUCACAGAGCACGGCCCGCUUUCCCGAGAUCGUCUUUGCUCUGUGAAUUAUAUAGACAUUCUAUAAUCUGACACUGAGAAAGAACAUCAUGUGUGUAAUGCUACAAACAGAUGAGAAAGUUCACAAAUUUUUGUAUAUUAUAAAAAGUAUUUAGUGUUUGUGUCUUGUAACGAUUUGUCUAUUUUUAUAGAUGUAACCUUUUUUUAUCAAAUUGAGGCUGUGCCUUUAGAAAAUAUGGUUUCCUUCCUAACUACAAAUACUCAACAUACAAAUGCUUGUAUUUAAAGAUGCGUCCGCAUCGAGCCAACGAAUGGGGUUCGCUAGCCGUCGUUGGUCCUGUUAAGGCGGAUUGGCAAACGCUAACGCCUUUAUUGAGAGUCAACGAUCGUGUGUGCAAACAUUAGUAGGUCCAGAGUGUACCUGGCUUUAGUACGUGACGUUUUAAACAGAUGAAAAUAUAAUGUAUGAUUUUAAAAUUCUAUUUUUAUAGAAAAUGAGGCCUCUUAUGCUGAUCAUAUUGAGGCUCAGUCUAAUAGCACAAUGAUAAUAUGUAUGUAUAUAAAGUUUCGUUACAAGUCAUUAAUAUUAACAAUUUUGCAUUGUUAUUAUUUAUUUGAAAAAAUUUAGUAGUGAUUAAAGGGAAUUGGUUUCUUUAUUACAUGUGAAUUAAGAAUGCAAUUUUAUGAUGCAAAAAGUAAGUAUUUAAACAAUCAUUUUUUCAGCUCAUCUGUUUGUAGAUGUCAGGUUUAUUAAUUUUUAAAUAUAUCUCUCAGUACAGGAACUUAGUGGUAAGGUAUGUUAUAUGUCAGUAGGUAAUAAAUCUUCUGUGUAACAUCGUACUAUGAGAGACUACGUGUGACACAGUAUCGCCUAAACGCCUAUAGCACUACACGGAUGUCUAAUUACAUGAUUAUUGUAGAACAGGAACACCAAUCUUAUUAUACUAGUAAUCUUAUGAAAUAAAUGCUAAAUUAUGUGUUAGAAAGCGGACAUUGGCUGUUUAUAACUACCCUAAAUUUUGUUUUAAUUACAAAGUAUGUAAAUUUUUUUAUAUUCUCGAUCCACUGUGACGGUAUCAAUAAGACAAGAAGGCUGUUUGACAGAUUAUUUUAAAUUGAGAAUAAUUCGUAGAAUAAUGAUUUGUGAACUGUCAAUGGCCAUUACUUACAUGUUAUUUAGCUCUCAAUACAAAUAUUAUUUCAUUCCAAAAUUUAACCAUUCGCGUGUACAUACACUCGCCAUUAAAAUACUAAACUUUAUGAACGCAAAAAGUGGUUUUAUUAGUAAGUGUAAGAUUUAAAUAUCCUAUGUGUAACGAAAAGAUAAUUUUUGUAUUUUUAAAUGGCGAAGUUUUGUGAACUUUUAUUCCGACCGCCAAAUUCUUCUGGAUAUACAUAUUUUUUUUAAGUUAAAUGUUUAGAUAUUUGCUAAGUUCACUAUUUCGCGUCAAAAUGAUAUAAUUACUUCUGUAACCAUUUAGACGUUUUAGGUUUUACUUUGCAGUAGUAUGUGUAACGUGUUAUUUCAUUGUUUUUUAACUGUAAAUCAGAGGCGCCAUGGGCAAAUCAAGAUCUUAUAUAACAUUGAAAAAUAUUCUUAUAAUAUUAGGCUCGUUUUUCGGGAUCUAAGUGUGCACAUGGCGAAUAGUUUUGUAGCACAAUCCCUAGCAUAUAGAAGCUAUGGACAACAAAUUUUGUAUGUAAAAUUAUUCUACUGUGAAGGGAAGCCGUUUAAACAGCUAAACUUAAAAGUUUGCAAUUAUAUAUUAUACGUAUUUGUAUUAAACGGACAUCGGAUUAUUUACGAAAAUAAAGUUUUUUAUAUUAUUCUUGGUGAUGUUUUGACAUAUAACUUAGAAAUAAUUAAUGUCUGUUCAACAAGAGAUAAUAAUUAUUACUGAGUUUAAUUCAGACAAUUAUUUAUUUGGCCCGACAAUCUCGGGCGGUUUAGUUGUGAUAUUGCCUUAUCUUAAAAUUUUUGUAUACGUUUAUUUUUAAUAAUUGGUCACAGUUGUGACGUUAAUUUUAGAUGCAGCAAUUAUAGAAGUUUAAUUUUAGAAUAAUUUUUACGUAAAUCUCUGCCCAGUUUGACAGGUAUGCAUUUUGUAUUGGUUUAUUUUACUGUUAGCCAGUUAAAGUUGAUUUAUUUUAAUUCGUAGAUUAUAAUGCUUAUGUUAUUUAAAAUUUUAUAUCAGUAUAAUAUAGGAUGAAGGUCGAUAUUUCUGUAUGUUUUCAUUAUUGAGAAUUUCUACAAAGGUCCUGAAGGUCUACAACUACACACGGAUCGUUAGUUCUAUAAAAUAUACAAACAAACAGUAUUUCAGUUAGUUUAAGUUGGUUUUAUAUGUUUAUAUGCACUAUUCUGUAUGUCUCCCGCUGAUGCAAUACUGUGGCUAUAAGUAUAGUUAUUGUGAGUCGUCGUAACGACUACUGCUGUAAUUGUUUCAUUAUUUAUGUAAUAUAUAAACUGUAGAAAACUUCCUAUUAUUUUGUAGUACAAUCAAAGUAUAAUAAAUGAUUUUGAAAUGUGA